AUGAGCAAAAUAGAGGCCACGCCCACUGCCACCGAUGUUCUGUGCUCAAGGACUGGUCGGAGCAACUUGGACAGAUAUCAAACAUGGGCUUUCAGGAAUCGGACGGGAGAUCUGGAGAUGGCAGAACAACAAUGCAAAGGGUUAGUAUUGAGUCAGGUGAGUGUAUGUGUCAAAGGCAAGAAGUGGAAUCUGUGGCUGCUGUCGGCACGUCACGAUCGGCGGCUCAAUCUGGGCGACGUGGCAAAGCGUCUUGGCAUCAGCGCUGGGAACCUCGCCGAGGAUUCGCUGAUGCUGAAGAAGCUGAGGGUGGCUAUGGGCUGCGCCACGUCACUCUCGCUCUUCUGUGAUCAACAUCAGAGUGUCACGAUGCUGCUGGACUCCGAUCUGACCACCGGAGGCCGCGACAGAGUUUAUUUCCACCCCGUGACCAACAGCGCCACUAUGGGACUCAAACUGGAAGAUCUGCUCAAGUUUCUAAAGGAGACCAACCUUUUACCCAUCAUCCUGAACUUUGAUUGA